CUUUCACUUUCAUCAUGUGAAAAUCACGUAUAUCAACUGAGCUCGAAGCCGCAGACGACAUGUGGACUUUUUUUCCAGAACAUCGGAUGAAAAUGAAGUUCUUCUUUUAUUUGCUCACUGUGUGUUUUUUACUCGAUGAUGGUGUGUUUGGUGUUGAUGAAAUGAAGACGUCAGUGUCAGUGAUGGAGGGAGAUUCUCCUACUUUACACACUGCUGUUACUGGAAUACAAAAUGACAAAUCAGAUUUUAUUAAAUGGUUUUUUAAUCUCAAUCUCAUAGCUCAAAUCAGGGGAGAUCUCAGUAAGUUCUGUACAGAUGUGAAGUGUGAGACUGGUCAGGAGAGAUUCAGAGACAGACUGAAGCUGAACAAUCAGACUGGAUCUCUCACCAUCAAGAACAUCAGUAUUACAGACUCUGGAGAUUAUCUACUAAAGACCAUCAUCAACAACACCAAUGAUGAGAAGACAUUCACUGUCACCGUCCAACCUGGUGUGUCUGGUGCUGAAAUGAAGAUAAAGUUGAUGAUUGAAGGAGAUUCUGUCACUCUACACACUAAUGAUACUGUAAAACAGGGAGAUGUUGUGAUGACGUGGUAUUUCAAUGACACUCGUAUAGCUGAAAUGAAUGAAGAUCCCAGUAAGAGCUGUACAGAUGUGACGUGUGAUGAAGGUGCUGAGAGAUUCAGAGACAGACUGAAGAUUGACCAUCAGACUGGAGAUCUCACUAUCACAAACACCACAACUACAGACUCUGGACUUUAUCAACUAGAGAUCAGCAGCAGUAUCAGCAGCAGCUGCAGCGUAAAGAGCUUCAGUGUUAAUGUCAGCGUAUCAGAUAAACAAACUUCAGAUCCAGGUCUGUCUUCUGGUGAUAUAGCAGGAAUAUGUGUUGGUGUUCUGGUUGUCGUUGUAACUGCUGGUGUGAUUUAUUAUCGCUGUAAGAUCUCAAGAUGAGGACAAAAUGGCAUCGAGAUGCAGCACAAUGUUCAGGAGGAUGGUGGAGAGAACAAGAUUCCUUUGGUGAAUAUUUCAGGACAGGAGAGAGGACAGGAAAAGAGAGAGCGGAUACAACUGAAUGACUCGACAACAGUUUGGUCAUCUGAUGCAUCAUGAAGUGUCAUUCAUUAAUCGUGUGUUAUAUAAGUGGAGUGUGUGUAAGAAGGGGACAUGAUGUGGUAUUUAUAAAUAUACUGUAGGUAUCGAUCAGGAAUUCCGGCUGCUGUUCCGGUAUAACGUUGCUCUGAUGGAGGAUCAGUUUCCUCACCUCAAAUCCAAACCUCAUUUACUAUUAUGAAAGUGAAAGCUGACUCGAGAUCAGUGCAGCUGAAUUUAUCUUCAAUAUGAGCCGGCACUGAGAUGACUGAUGAUCAUAAACUCAUCAGACUCAUGCCUUAAACUUGUGAAGAAGACUUUCUACUCUAGAUUUUAUCUUAACUUCCAAAUAUUCUCUUCUGCGCUGUGUUUGUCGGUGGGAACCGUAUAUGAUUAUGGCGUUUUGUUCAUUUAAAGCGGUUCAACAGUUUAAUUUUACUGCUGCUGGAAAGAUUUGGUGCUUAAUAGAAACAAAAAGCUCAUACAGACUUUCUCUAGUCUUGAGUUGAUUAAUUAUCAGAGUACUGGAAUCUGAUUCUCUGUGUAAAGAAAAGCUUUCUGAACAGUGAUGGAUGUGUCUUUCGUCAGAUCAUCUGAAGCGGUUCUCAAACAUUUCAGGAGAGUUUCAACAUUUGAUCAAAUAAGAACAAGUAAAUGUUCCUUUUAAUUUUUUAUUUCUCUUAAGGACUGUAAGCAACACACACGUGCCACAUUUUGAGAACUAUUAAUGUGCCUGUAGUUAAGAUAAAUAUACAAUCCAAAACCCUCAUCUAAGCAUGUUAUUAUAUUAAUGAUAUGCAUCGUUAGUAAACAAACCUGUAGUCAAAUUCAAGCACAUAAAAGAUAAAUGAGUUUGAGUACUUUUUUGAAAACUGAAUCUAGUGUUUCAGAGUCAAGAGGCCAGUUUUAAAGCUUUUAUAUAAUGUGAGCACAUGAGAUAUCAGCACUCCACAAUCCUGAAGCAGUAAUGUAUAUGAACUUUGAAAUAGUCUUAAACAAGCAAAGUUAUAUCAAACUUAAUGAGAAAUAAAAAAACAA